AUAUGUAUUUUGUUUUGCAUACUUUUGAUAUAAGAUGAUUGUAUCAACUCUUGUAUUCGAUUUUCGAUGCAAUCAAUGAAUUAGACGUUAUACAAGAAAAAGACAAGCACUCCGAGAUUUUUUUAGACGAAUCUUGACACUCUAAACAUUCAAAUUUUCGUAACCGAACAAAUAUCGAAUCUCGGAUAAUUUAAUUCAACCGCUGCAUUGGUUACAAAUGUUUGAGUUUUGAAUUUUGUCCUAAGGGGAAUUGUGACUUUGUGAUUAAAAAGCCUUGCAUAAAUCCGAAGAAGAAAAGUGAAUGGGACUAGUACUACAUUGAAAAACGAAAAGGCUCAAAACCGCUUUAAAAGGAAGGAACCCUCUCUAAUAUUUUUCGUAUUAACUCUUACAGGGCCCACAACAGUUGCAAUAGUCUUUCAAAAUUCUUCUCUAAUCUCACAAAAACCUCUCCGAUCUCUCUCUCUCUCUCUCUCAGAUCUCCAUGGAUCCCGCUUCUUCUUCCUCAAAUCAGCGCAACCGAAUCGUCUCUUCUGGGGAAAGACCAGUGAUGGCGGAUAAUGGCGUCCAACAGCAGGUUUCUCACGAAAAUGAAAGAAACAUUGCUUCUUCUUCUUAUUCUUCUUCUUCAAUUGUUCCUUCUCCUGAUCCCGCUCCUUACUAUAACGUUCUUCAAACCCCUACCAAUCUCUAUCACUACGAUUGGGAUGUCGCACAUUCUGGUUACGCACAAGGCAUCAAUAGUUGGGAUGGUUAUCCACGAUAUGCUGCUACUACCCCUGAAGGCCUGCAUGUCCCACCGGUUGUCUACAAUGACAAUUCAUCUCUUGUGUACCAAUAUCCUGAUUAUGGAUUCAACCCUUAUCCUUCUAUAAUGUUGGAGGGCCAAAUUCCAGUCUCUCCAGCUUAUUACCCACCUUAUGGUGCACCUUCUGCUAUGCAUUAUAUACCCUCAGAUAUUGACCCAACAUCUGCUUAUAUGAUUCCUUUUGGGCAAUAUGGUGGAGCCAAUUAUUCCGGGAAUCAAGGGGACACCUCUUUAACAUCUCAUAUACCUUAUCCUCAAACGAUGGGUAUACUUGGGCCAUAUGACCAUACUGCUUCACAGGUACCGUUGCAUGGGAGUGGGGUUGCUUCAAGCUCUUCUUUGGGAGGUUACUAUCAUGUAGGAUCUUACCAGAGUCCCAACUCUAUCUCCUCAUAUUAUGGAGCUGAUAAUCGAGCCAGAUUAACCCCCGACCUAGGUAAACGGCGAGAGAAGGAGCAGGGAUCUGUAUCUAUGACCAAUGAUCUGUAUGGUAACCGAGGACCAAGGGCAUCCAGCAGGGUAAAGAGCAAAAACAGCUCUAAACUUUGCUCUACUACUGGUGAUUCAACGAGUGAUUCAAGUACAGCUGGACCAAAUCCCAGUUUGUACAACAACCCAGAAUUUGUGAUAGAUUACAAGAAUGCCAAAUUCUUUAUCGUCAAGUCAUUUAGUGAAGACAAUGUCCACAGAAGUAUCAAGUACAAUGUCUGGGCUAGCACACCGCAUGGCAACAAAAAAUUAGAUACUGCUUAUCGGGAUGCUGAGAAGAUGGGUGGAAAGUGUCCAAUCUUUCUGUUCUUUUCGGUAAAUGCUAGUGGACAAUUCUGUGGGGUGUCGGAAAUGGUUGGACCUGUAGAUUUUGAAAAGGAUGCUGGUUACUGGCAGCAAGACAGGUGGAGUGGGCAGUUCCCAGUGAAAUGGCAUAUUGUGAAAGAUAUACCGAAUAACCGAUUUUGUCAUAUUCUUUUACAAAACAAUGACAACAAGCCGGUAACGCACAGCCGAGAUUCUCAGGAGGUGAAGCUACGUCAAGGGAUUGAGAUGCUUAGAAUUUUCAAAGAAUAUGAGGCACACACAUCAAUCCUCGAUGAUUUCGGCUACUAUGAUGAGUUAGAGGGGCAAAAGGUGGGAGAAGAUGGAACAAGGAAAGAAGCUGGGGAAGAAGAGACCUCCGUGGAGCAGUUAUCAGAGCGUCUUCAAGCUGUCACAGUAGAAGAUGGCAAGGAGGAAAAAGAAGAGUUAAUAGCUGAUUGAUACAGUAAUCGUAAGUAGAAGGAGACAUUCUUUUUGGCAACAAUAAGCAAAUGGGGGUCGUCUGUUUUUCUUUUUGGGUGGGGGGAUGUAUACUAAAAAGCUAAGGAUAAAAAAUCCAAUUCCUUGUAGGCUUGUAAGCAAUUAUGAUUUAAUUUUCUCUUGUAGCAUUAGGUCGAAACGGCGACGUUUUAGGUUAUAACAAAAAAAAGAAAGAAUUGAUGUCAUGUUUCUUUGGAUUUUAAUCUCAUCGCCCCCUGUGGUGGAAUCAAUUUCUACUUAGCCCCUGUUCUAAAAUAAAAUUAUACAAGUGUUUAUUUUAA